AAAAUCUACAAAAACAAACAAGCAUCUAUGUCCACUAGCUCCAAGAUUUUCGCCAUUUUCUCAAAUCAGUUAAGGUAAAGAGAAGCUUUUUUCGCCAUGGCUAAAGUGGCUUCUAGCUCUAUUGGAUUACACAGACCAAAGCCCUUCCAUUUUCGACCUAAUCAAACUUUGCACUCUGUGAAACCUUUCAAUUAUCAGCUGAACAAUCUUCAAAAGUAUCAAAGAAUAUAUUGUCAAACAGAGCCCAAAACAGGGGAUUGCUGUCAACCAAGCUCUGACCCGUAUGAAUCUGCAGUAAAGGAGAAGUCCUCAAUAGAACCAGGUGCUGGCGCUGAGAGUAGUAAAGCUGAAGUCUCUCCUCCCUCUACUGGCCCUGAAUAUCCAACCAGAGACUUCAAUCGGCGAGUAGCACUAGUGUCAGUCACUGCAGCACUAGGACUUUUCUCUUCACAGAGACUAGAUUUAGGUGUUUCUUUGAAGGAUAUCACGGCUGCAGCACUGCCAUAUGAAGAGGCUCUUUCCAAUGGAAAGCCCACUGUUGUGGAAUUCUAUGCCGAUUGGUGUGAAGUUUGUCGAGAAUUAGCUCCAGAUGUCUAUAAAGUUGAACAGCAGUACAAGGACCGCGUGAAUUUUGUUAUGUUGAAUGUGGAUAACACGAAGUGGGAACAAGAGCUCGAUGAGUUUGGAGUCGAGGGCAUCCCCCAUUUUGCAUUCCUGGAUAAAGAUGGAAAUGAGGAAGGUAAUGUUGUUGGCCGCCUUCCAAAACAGUAUUUGCUUGAGAAUGUAGACGCCCUCGCAGAAGGAAAAGAAUCAAUACCUUAUUCUCGCGCUGUGGGACAAUAUACAAGUGCUGAAUCGCGUAAGGUCCAUCAAAUUUCUGAUCCAAGAAGUCAUGGUUAGAGCUCAUUACGCACCCAGAUAUAUUUACCCAAACAAACUAUCAUCAAUUCUUGAAAGACUUGCAUUUGAAUUGAGUAAGAAGUGACAAAUACCACUUGCUAGUCUGUAAAUUUGGCACUAUUUCACACACUUGGUUGUAUAUAUGAAUAUGCAGACUACCAUAAUGUAUUGCACAAGUGACCCUUUUCUUUAUAGCUAAUUCCAUGGUUAGUUUACCGA